AUGGAUCAAUACCGGUAUAAGCGUCUCGAUCAUGACCAGCCUAUCUUCCGACUGUUACGACUUCAUCAAGGAAGCCGAGGCGAAUUGACGUGCAAUCUGUUCGAAGCGCUUCUUCAUCAUGAUGAUGUUAUUCAAUAUGAAGCGCUGUCUUACACCUGGGGCGCACCAGGUACGCCAAGGAUUGUCACUGUUGAUGAGCAAAAGCUGGCAAUCACAGAAAACCUAUACCAGGCUCUCAUAAGCCUUCGCCGCCCGUACACUGAUCGAAUCCUCUGGAUAGAUGCAGUUUGUAUUGACCAAAGCAACACGAAGGAGCGAAGCCACCAAGUCGCACAGAUGAGUGAUAUAUACAAGCAGGCUGACAGCGUUGUUUUCUUUCUGGGACCCGCGACCUACAGCACUGAUGCGUUUAUGGACUAUAUGGGUCAUGUCCAGCAAGUACGCAGCAAAUAUGCAUACCGGUCUUGGGCCCGCGACGAUCAACGCUGGAAGAUAAUCCAGGAAGCUGUUCAGGAAGAAAUGGGCAAGCUUGAUAUCGAUUUGCUUUCCUUGGGAUUAAAAGGCCUUCUUAACCGCCCAUGGUUUCUGAGGGUCUGGAUUCUGCAGGAAGUGGUAAAUGCAAAGAACGCCAUUGUGUGCUGCGGGAGGAAAGAGAUAGCAGCAAGCGUCUUUAGCAUUUCUCCAAUCAUCUUCAAAGUCAGCCCAAGCGUACAUUGCCAAUCGGUCAUUGAUAUCAUGCCGGGGCCUUGGCGGAAGACUUCAUGGUGGAGCAAGGGUCCUUGUCUCUAUACUCUGUUGUCCAAGUUUGGCGGAGCUCAGGCAACCGAGUCCCAAGAUCUCAUAUAUGCGCUGAGAGGAAUUGCUACCGACAAAGAGUCCCCUAUCCUGACACCAGACUAUGAUAAAUCUGAGGAGUGUCUCGUUCGCGAUAUUGUGCGAUUUUUGUUCGACUUCGAAUAUGACGCGAAGAUGGGUUGGAGCAUGCUUGGGACGGUCAGAGAUGCCAUAAGAGGCCUAGAGCAGAUCAAAGACCGCAUCUUCAUGGAGCGAAUCAAGACUGGCGAAAUGAGGCGCUUGGAUGGCCUCCUCCAGGCGCCUGGUUUCACAUUUUCUCCGACCGUUGUUGAGGCUGCGAUACAGCACGAUAAAACUGGACAAAUGAUGAAAUUAUUCAUGCAAAAUUCUAAGGAUUUCGGAAUAAGUACACAGACUCUCUUGACAGCAGUGGAAAAAGGCUCGGUUCCGGUGGUUGAAGUCUUGGAACGCUAUCUGGGUGGCGGAGUCGCGGCUGCCACGAAGGAGACGCUACUGAUUGCGGCAAACAAUCGCCGCCACGGAGAUGAUAUGGUAACUUACUUUUUGGCACGCGAUCCAGACUUAGGAGAUGAUGGCCAGACAGUCGCGGAGGUUGCGGCUCGCAACUCAACACAGGCCACGAGAAUCGUACGGCAAUUGCUUGGUCGAGGAAUUCGGAUAACGAUGACACCACAGCUUCACAAGAAUGCACUUAAGAGCGGAUGCUAUGAAGAAUUGGUCCUCCUCUUCGUUCAUUAUCCUCCGCGUGGGCUCCGAAUGAGUGACGAAGCUGUCGAUGUGGAUGCAAAUAAAUCAGCAGAUGGUGCUGCCGAGAAUGCUAGAAUAGUCUUUAGGAGCAUUGCCAGGUUCUUGAUCACUUAUGCAAACUAUGAAUACACCUUAUUCGACGUCUUUAGGCAAUCUUGCCGCCAAAUCGAAGAGCAUGGAUAUAACUUCUUGGAGGAACUAACUUUGUGCGCAGCUGAGGUCUUUAAAGAGGGCGGUCACUCGCUAUCAACGCAGCGUGGACAGUUUGAACAGAUAAAUGGAACCCUAGACUGGAUUACGGAAGAGAGCGGGUUCAGCCUUUACAUCACAAUUGGCGUCGUGAAAGCAAGUAUCGAGGGCAACUUCACAGGCAGAAUGUCGCGCUUGUUAAAGCAGAAACGAGACUCAAUCGACAUCGAUCCGGAUGCCGCUGCGGAAAUCAUUCGCACCUAUCACCGGGGUGAAAGUGAUGAUUUGUCGAUGAUCAAUCUUAUCUUUCAAUAUGGCGACGGUCAAUUUCGAUACACCAAUGUGAUGUCGCAGGCGUUAACAAAGCGAUACCGUGAUCCAGAAACCCGGCCACACGCCGGCUUGCUUCAUGCUGUCAAUAUGCAUCGUGACGCCGGACUCCUUCGGUGGCUGUUGUCUUGCGGCGCUAAUCCUGACGAGAGGAACAGCAAUGGGAACACAUUACUGACAUAUACUGCUCAAAAUUGUCAGACAGUGGCUUUACUUCUCUCUUAUGGUGCCGAUCCCAACAUACAGCCUGGAUUGAGCGGGUACUGUGCCCUCCACCCGGCCAAGGCCGGAGCUGAUUAUGAAGCGUUGGAGCUCUUCCUUGUCUGUGGCGCAAACCCCAACAUCGUUGAUGGCUACGAAGGCAACACGUUGCUCCAAGGAGCAGCGUGUCGUGGUGAUAUCGGCUCAGUCAAACUGCUUCUUCAGUAUGGAGCAGAUGCAACAAUUCGAACUGACGACGGAAAAGGUGUAGAAGAUCUCACCAAGUCUAAUGCCAUUAUUAGUCUGCUACGAGAGCAUUCAUCACAAUCUCUCGCAGGAAUGCAUGGUAUUAGUCCUAGUGUUCAGGACAUCAUGAGAGAUCAUGGGCUAGUUCCCAACCCACAUAAUAGGUUACUCGGCACUCGUUUGUCAUGGCAUAUUCCAUAA